AUGGCAGGAAAGAACCAAACCUAUCCUGACAACAGAGGUGCAGUUCCUCUGUGCUAUGAAUCUGUGAAUGGCUCCUGUCCUAAGUUCAUCUAUCCAGUGGUGAUUCGUGUGCCCCUGUACAUCUUCUUUGGGACCACAGUUCUGCUAACGGUGAUUGGUAACUUACUGGUGGUCAUUACUGUGGUCCAUUUCAAACAGCUCCGCUCUCCAACCAAUUAUCUCAUCGUGUCGUUGGCUAUGGCCGACCUGCUUGUGGGUGCCUUUCUGAUGCCACCUUCCAUAGUGCGCUCUGUAGAAAAUUGCUGGUAUUUGGGUAACUUUUAUUACAGAUAUUACGCUAUUUGCCACCCACUCCGCUACCAAACCACCAUAACUCCCUCCGUGACCAUGGCCAUGAUCUUUAUCAGCUGGAGUGUCCCUGGCCUUGUUGGAUUUGGGAUGAUUUUCCUUGAGCUCAACAUUUUGGGCUAUGAGGAGUUUUACUAUAACAACUUCUACUGUGAAGGAGCUUGCAUUUUGUUUCAGGGCGGACUGUCUGGGGCUUUAUCUUCUAUUCUUUCAUUUUACAUUCCAGGAGUCAUAAUGCUCUCCAUAUAUGCAAAACUUUACAGCAUUGCACAGAAACAAGCUCGGUCAAUUCAAGACAAGCACAAUACGAAUGGGACCUCUGCCUCCAAAAUGGAGAGAAAGGCCACCAGAACACUCGCCAUUAUCAUGGGUGUAUUUUUGUCCCUCUGGCUGCCAUUUUUUAUUUGUAACAUAAUUGAUCCAUUUAUUGGUUAUUCCAUUCCACCUUUGGUAUUUGACAUGGUUAUGUGGAUCGCCUAUUUCAAUUCAACCUGUAACCCGAUUGUAUAUGCACUGUUUUACAGCUGGUUUAGAAAGGCAUUCAAAAUGAUCUUGUUUGGUAAAAUCUUUGGGCAAAAUUCAUCAAGUGUAAAUUUGUUCCGAGAGUGA